ACUACACUCAGGGCUGUGAUUAUGUAGCAAGAUUCUAAUCUAAGUUUAAGCAGCAUACGGGUAAAUAAAUUGCCGGGUAGAGAAUUCGGUUACAGAGCCAUCUCAAGUCGGCAUUUGAAGCUAGCAUAAUCCCAUAAUAUAGCGAUGUCAUUUUCACUCCGCUGCAGAAGUUGAUUCUUUGUUUGGUCCUUAUAUGUUAAAGAACUAAUGCGUUUUAACGACUAUUUCAAUCAACUUCAUGUGAAAUCAAACAAAAAGCACGGGCGUGUAAAAGUAAAAACGACAGCACAGCAAGAAGCUGAAAAGGAGCUGGAACGCCAAAAAAAACUUGCGCUUUAUAAGGCAGCUACAGAGAAAAUUUUCCAAAAGAGAGCAUCGUCCGAGUACGAUGAAGAGAUCCUACAGAUUACAUCUCAAAUCCUUCAGAACAAUCCGGACGACGCUACGUUGUGGAAUAUACGACGUGAAACUUUUGAACAAAUGAAGGCCAAAGGUGAUGAUAUCUCAGAGCGUACCAAAGAUGAGCUGUUAUUAGUCUGGCAGGCGUUACUGAAAAACCCGAAAUCCUACGGUGCUUGGUGGCAUCGAGGAUGGGUCAACGAAAACUUGACUUCGACGCCCGACUGGGACCGCGAACUUCAACUGACUGGACUUUUCCUAGAGAAGGACGACAGAAACUUCCACUGUUGGGAUUACCGUCGUUUUGUUUCGGGUAGAUGCCAGACUCCUCUUGAAGACGAGCUGAAAUUCACACUGGAAAGAAUCGAGGCCAACUUUUCAAAUUAUUCAUCCUGGCACUACCGGUCACAUCUUUUGCCACGGUUUUUCCCUGGUGAUAAGGAAGGUUCGAUAAAGGAAAACGUUUUGCUUGAGGAGUUGGAUCUAGUGCUUAACGCUGCCUUUACUGAUCCUCAGGAUCAAUCAGCGUGGAUGUAUCACCGGUGGUUGCUAGGAAAAGUGGAGCCAGUGGAAAGUAUUACGUUCGCUCGGUGGUAUCCAGUAGAAGGCGUGCUUUUAAUAACCUUCGGAAAGGAAGUUGGCAGAUGCGAAGCAGCGGUAAAAAUUAAUAGUGAGGUAAAGGAGGUUCAAUGGAAAAUGGUUGGAGGGACUCACUCAGCGCACGUGUGGACUUGUCAGGGAGCGCACUUCCACAAAGCUUCAACGGUUUCCAUCGACGAAAUCAGUCUAACCCGAGACCAUCUAGAAUGGCAAGCGCUCAGAAAUGUUAAAAGUGGCCUGUUGACAGUAGCAAAAACGACCGUGCUCCAAGAGCAGCUUGAGAAUGCCAACAGCCUUAUAGAAAUGGAACCGGAUAGCAAGUGGCCUCUGCUAACGGCCGCAAUGCUUAUGAGUGCCCUUCAGGAUCCAGUGUACUUGCAAAAAACCCUAGGCCUGAUGGAUAAACUCGCGCAUGUGGACCCGUUUAGAAAAAACUAUUAUAGAGACCUUAAGUCUAAGUUGAUUAUCGAGGCCUGCCUAGAACCAAACGCCGUCGAAGUGGAUCUAUGUAACAAAGGGCUUACGUGCCUGCGACAUUGUCAUAUGAUGUCCGCUACAGUCAAGCUGAAUCUUAGCAAAAAUCAACUCCACGAUACGGCUUUGUACCAGCUGAAACAUUGUUUUUGGCUUACCGCCCUCGUGUUGGACGAUAAUCCAUUGAGGACACUCGACUUCUUGGAGGUGUUACCCAACUUGAAAAAUCUUUCGGUUAGGGGAUGCCCUCUCGAAGAUGUUUCCGGACUACGAUUUUGUACAGACUUUACCGAGAUUAGGCUGUCGCGCAAAACAAGGCCUGAGAUACUGACAGAGGUCGCGAAGAUUAAGCCGAAGAUCGUGAUAUCUAUGGAGUGUGUAUCUCCCCACGAUUAUGGGACUCUAGAGGAACUCUCUAAAGUUGCUGGGUUGGCACUCGCGCGUUCCGAAUGUUUUAUUCGAUGCCCUUUGUAUACUGUACAUCAGCUGAGCGACAUAGAGUACAGUUUUGCCAGUCAAAACAUAGAAUCGUGUCUCAGAAGAAGCUCGUGGACGUAUUGGAUAAUGGCCCUCAUACGACGUUCACUAUCGUGGCGGGCUCCUCUGAGCUACCAACGGGGUCUAGCAUUUUUACCUGAGGACUCCGAAACCUCGUCGGCAGGCGUGUCGAAGAGCGAGUUCCGUAAACUUGUCUUGUAUAGGCAAAAAGAAGAACGCAAAGUUUCAAGGAAAACGGUCAAGGAUAGUUCGACGGGGGACCGAGCUCAUCAAAUGCCAGUAAACCAGGACUGGCCUUCAGUUUGGCCAGCAGCGGCCUCUUUCAAGCCAAGCGUUGUACCGCUUCCAGUUCGACAAGGUUUUUACGAAAAACGUGGAAGUCCACCAGCAAAGCAUGCCAAUCUCGAGUUAAUGAAAAUUCCAAAUUUUUUGCACUUGACUCCACCUGCCAUUGAACGACAUUGCAAGGCAAUUAAAAAGUUUUGUACGCAAUGGCCUGAGGCGUUGACCGACGCACGAAGUGCCAAUUGGAUUACCAUCAUAACAUCCGAUUAUAUACACUCAGGGCCGAGUAUUCGUGAUGAACGAGCUCGCAUUGUGACUGUUAAACUGAAACUCUCAGCUUUGGAUCUGGACCAGCACGCUCGAGAUAAAUUUCUUCAGCUUGUAGGAGAUAGAUAUAACGCAGAGACAGACGAACUCGUAGUGGUCACUGAUCGUUGUCCAUUACGUCGACAGAACACGGACUAUUCGAUGUACGUGCUGACAGCUUUGUUCCACGAGAGUUGGGUCACCGAACCGUGGGAACUUACCGAACGCCAGGAAGCGGACAUGCCUUGUUUCGAGUUUGAGAAAUCACGUAGUGAAGGGUAUGCUACCGACUACGCGUCGCGAGCUAAAAACGUCUCGAACGAGACGAUUUCGGAAUACGGCAAGAUUCUGACUCUUCUUAAAAAUGAAGGUGACAAUAUAUACAAUCUAGACGCGUAUAAAAAGGCUGCAUGCGACCUAAUGAACCUGAAAGCGCCACAGCCUCCGGUUAUUUCGUAGGACAAUGAAUAGUUUAUCAAAAUUAUAUCGAUUUUUAUUGUACGUAGUUCUAUCAUUAAAUCCAAAACAUGUUCAAUACACAUACAAAUGCGUUCACCCGCACAUGUACAGGUAACGCCUAAUCCGACUAUGUCAGAAAGGUAAAAAACGGUGGCACUUAAAUAAACACAUUUUAUUAAAUAUAUACGUAUGCGUGCUUUUAUUUAGAAAAAUAGUAGCUACGAAUUUAUUCUAGAAAGUGGACUUUGAAGGGACUAGAAUUGAACUUACGAUCAUUUUGGUUUUAUCGGAGAACAUUUGUAAUUCUAGUGGGGUAACCCGCAGUUGCUGGAAGUGAUGCUACCUACUAAUUAAGGGAAAACGCAAUGCUGCGUUGAUGGAAAUAAACAGAGAGAAACGGCUUACAGUAAAAAAAUAGGACUGACUAUUAUCAUGAUCAUCGACGCGUAGGUCGCGUUUGGGAAGACUCCGAUCAUGUAACUGGCAGCAUACCAAUACAGUCAAGCCUAAGUAAAAACAGUGCACGCUGAUUAUAAGAUAUUCCGGAGUGUCAUUCAGCUAAUUUCUUUUUACAGAUUUGUUAAUGUAGACAACGUAAUAGACUUUGUGAUCACCAUAACAAGGGCCAAAACAGGUGUUAUAGACAUAAUAAAGGUCUACAGAAAUAUCUAGAGAACUAUUCGCAGCUUAGAACACCCCACAUUAAAAGCAGUGAGUGAAAAAUGUACCUCUAACUUUGAAACUGCCUGUGUAUCUGUACAUUACUGAAGCGUUAUGUGGCAUACAUAGUUCGCCCAUUUGCUCGAAAAACAUAUCCGAUGUACACAUUUUUCUAAAAAUAACGUAAAACAGCAUCGACUAAUAAUAUGAUGGUGCGAAGGUAAAGCUGUUUUUUGUCACGUUAAAACAAGUACAUAAAGGACCGCUUUACCAUAUGAGCGCACACAAUUUCUGUUGUUAAUUUACAGCAGUUUAGUCGUAAGUGUUUUUACAAACUUAACAAAUGCCUCUGAGAAGCCGAUAAAAAAGAAGUCGGCUGAAGCGAGUUUUUCGUGGCUCGGUAUUUACUGCUCUUAGACUUCCGAAUGAAUUUUUAUAGACUUAACAAACUUAAGCAUAUAGGCCGUAGAAACCAGGACACGUUUUCAGGAACCUAA